GUCAAUGAGCACCAAUCCCACUUUCACUUUCUAUGCAAAAGCUGUAUAAAUACACCUGCUGCUCUCCUCCGCCACAGCAACACCUUCACACUCCUGAAGAGACUGAAGCAGCUAACCUUAACUAAAAGCUACAAAGAAACAGAGACAUGGCUUCUCGAAUUGCAGUUCUCCUCCUGCUGGGUGUCAUCUGUGUUGGGUUUGCAUCAGCUGAGAUUGUGGUGGACUGCUGUCUGACGGUUGCUGAGAAGCCAUUGCCGCUCACAAUCAUUCACAGCUACACCAUUCAGGAACGUGGAAAAGGAUGUGAAAUCAGCGCUACUGCUUUCAUUACAAAGGUUGGAAGGAUACUGUGUGUCUCCCACCCCCGUGAUAAAGCGUGGGUGAGAAGUCACAUUAACUAUCUGGAUAAGAAAAGAUCUCAGUAAAAUCAGGUAAAAAGAGGAGAGGCCUCUGGGAAAAGAUCGCUGAAGAACAAGGGGGUCCGACUCUAAACUGAGAGCUACAGAUGUCAGAAUCACUUCCAUUCCUGUUCAGAGUCUCAGAUGAUCACACUGUGCUGUAGAA